UUUAAAGUAAUGCAACAGAAGGCUUUUGAGGAAAGCAGAUAUCCCUGGCAGGAGUCCUUUGAGAAUGUUGCUGUGUGCCUGCCAUUCCGCUGCCCGAGGUGUGGAGACCAUACCAGAUUUAGAAGCUUGUCAUCUCUGAGGGCCCAUCUGGAAUUCAGUCACAGCUACGAAGAAAGAACCCUCUUGACAAAAUGCAGCAUCUUUCCAUCUCUCACUCCUUCAGAACUCCUGAGACAGGGUAAAGUACAAAGUCGAGGCAAUGGGGCGAAGCCAAGGCCAACCUAUGUUAACUUGUAUAGCAUCUCACAUGAACACUCCAAGGACAGGAAGCCAUUUGAGGUGGUGGCAGAAAGGCCGGUGUCCUAUGUGCAGACCUACACUGCGAUGGACAUCCGGGCGGACUCGCUGCAUGGGCCCCGGUCAAGUCCUGGACUUCCUACUCCAGAUACCAAAGCUGCUUUUGAGGCACAUGUCAGAGAAAAAUUCAACCAGAUGGUAGAAGCUGUGGAUAGGACCAUUGAGAAAAGAAUUGAUAAGCUCACCAAAGAGUUGGCCCAGAAAACUGCUGAAUUGUUGGAAGUUCGGGCAGCUUUUGUGCAACUGACUCAGAAGAAACAGGAAGUGCAGAGGCGAGAGCGGGCCCUGAAUAGACAGGUGGACGUGGCUGUGGAAAUGAUUGCUGCGCUGAAGCAGCGCCUGACAGAAUCCGAAGAGGAGCUGCUUAGGAAAGAAGAAGAAGUUGUAACAUUCAACCAUUUUCUGGAAGCAGCGGCUGAGAAGGAGGUUCAGGGGAAAGCUCGGCUCCAGGACUUUAUUGAGAAUCUGUUGCAACGGGUAGAACUAGCAGAAAAGCAGUUAGAGUACUAUCAAAGCCAGCAGGCCGUGGGCCUCAGCCGUAACAUCAGCGAGCACGUGCUUACAGAUAUCUCCUCAAAUAGGAAACACAGAUGCCUAAACCGAGGGCACCCACAUUCUGUGUGUAACCACCCUGAUCUCAAGGCCCAUUUCCAUCCAAAGGGAAGAAACUUCUUGAAGAAAGCCAAGGAUGACAGAGGCGGCAUGCAGCCUGCCAAGUCCAUUCAUGAGCAAGCUGAGUCCGCAAGAGAACUCUGUAGAUCAUCCAAGAAAGGAGAGCUGCUGGGGCUUAGCCGGAAAGGCAACCUCAGGCCCAAAAUGGCUAAAAAGAAGCCAACUGCCAUUGUGAACAUCAUCUAAAAGGGUAGGAGGCUCCAGGAGCAUCACCAUUGGGCUCUGAGGAACAUUGCUGUAAGGGCCAACUGUUUUGUUCUUUGGAUAUAUCCUGUAGGGAGACAUAUUGGAAAAGCAAAGAAUGUAACACAUUUAAGCACUCCAUUAACCAGAAUUUAACCAAGGGGAAUCCUAGUGAACCAGAAUUGUAAGACAACCUCCUUCCAGAUGCAAAUCACCUAAAGAAUAAACACACAACAGAAAAAAACUAUCCCAUAAUUUUAGUAAAAUAAACCUUCAACUUGGAAGUUUGGCCCAGUGUCCAGUAGGGUGUCUCGGUCUGAACAUUGUGAUCAUUAAUACUCAGGACCAAUUCUACACAAGAUGUCAGGCUCUGGGAGAAAUUUCACCUGUGCCCACUGUUCUUUUACAUUGU